CCGUCAGCAGAGGGUGGGAGGAGAAUGUGUGUUGUGUAGCCAGGGAAAAGGGAACACAGGGAAUACAGUACGUCAAUGAAGCAACAUGGCUACGGCUAACGACAGGAGCAGGCAAACGGCUGCUCAAAUGAAGGACGAAAAAAAAGAUGGCAAUGAAAAGGAGAAUAUUUGGGCAUCUGUUUUGAGUGAAGUGCAACUGAAAGGAACCAACAAACUAUCUCCAAAUCAGCAAGUUGUUGUCAUUGGUGACCGAGAAUCAGGGAAAACCACACUUGUUGCAAAGUUACAAGGCAAUGUUGAUCCCAAAAAAGGUUCUGGCUUAGAAUAUGCUUACAUUGAUGUUAGGGAUGAAUACAGAGAUGAUCACACCCACUUGGCUGUCUGGCUGCUAGACGGCGAUGCGAAUCACGCUCACUUGUUACGCUAUGCAUUGACGGAGGAAACCUAUUCAUCAACCCUUCUGAUGCUGACCGUUUCGAUGACAACCCCAUGGGCUAUGCUAGAUCAGCUACAAGAGUGGGCUUCUCUAUUACAAGAUCAUAUAGACAAACUUCCCUUUUCAGCUGAAGCCAUUAGGGAAUAUCAGCACAAAUAUGUCCGGAGAUGGCAAGAAUACGUGGAACCGGGCGAUGAACUAGAAACGGCUCAACUGAGGCGGACAUCUCGUCAUGUGGAUGGAGAAGAGGAGGGCAUGGAUCACCUGCUUCCUCUUCCGGAAGGAGUCCUCACGCGCAAUCUCGGCUUGGAUAUUGUCGUAGUCGUCACUAAGACUGACUACAUGGCGACGCUGGAAAAAGAUCUGGACUAUAAGGAAGAACAUUUUGACUUUAUCCAACAACACCUGCGCAAAUUUUGCCUGCAAUACGGAGCCGCCUUGUUUUAUACGUCGGUGAAGGAAGACAAGAAUUGCGACUUGCUCUACAAAUAUCUUGUGCACAGAAUAUACGGCCUGGUGUUUCCCACUCCAGCCCUGGUGGUUGAAAAGGAUGCGGUUUUCAUUCCUGCUGGAUGGGAUAACGACAAGAAGAUAGGUAUUCUUUACGAGAACCUGCAGUCCAUGAAACCGGACGAUGAUUAUUCGGACGUCAUCAAUCGACCGACGGCGCGUAAACCGGCCCCGCGAGAGGCCGAGCUCCACGCCGAAGAUGAACAGAACUUUUUAUCUCGUUUACUGCAACAAUUGCAGCAGCAACAGCCAGCUCCUGUUGGCAUCACCGGGGCAGUAAACGGUUCUACUGCGUCACCCACACCCGCUGGCACAGGUGUCAAUUCACCUUCUGCCGGGACGCCCAUCCGAGGCGGAAUUCAAGUCCAGAAACCUGUCGAUCGUCGUAGUUCCUCUUCGGCCGUUCCUAAUCAAAUGGACCCCACAAAGACUGGAAUCAGCGGCACUUCCGAAGGCGUUUUGGCCAACUUCUUCAAUUCGUUGUUGAAGAAGUCAUCUUCGACAGCCUCGCCAACAGGAAUGCUUCAACCUGGAGAUCGAGUCAGCGUACCCAACUCUGGCGCUCCAGCGUCUGGAAGUGAAGGCUCUCCGGUUCCUGGUUCUCCCGACAAGCUGAACUUGGUCAGUCGACCGGGAGAAGUGGCCGCUGAGCUAGACCGAUUGGCUCAAUCCGCUUCUUCCCGGCUCAAUCCAAUACCAUCAGUGCCCGUCUCGACCAAUGUGGAUAACUCUUCAUCCGACUGCUGAUCUUGUUUAGCUGCACCCUAUUUUUUCGUUUCCCCUCUUCUCUUUCACACCCGAAACUCAGAUCGGCGUAAUUGUUUAUCCCCCUUCCUAGAUAUUUUUUUUUCUAAUUUAAUUCAAGUCGCGCUAUUUUGGAUUGGAAGCAUUGGGUUCACAAUCUUUUCCCUUCCAUGUCUGCUCUUGUAUUGUUCAAUAUUUUUUUUUAAUUACGUGCCUAACCAACAAAGCCGGUCGUAAUGCUAAAGGUAAAAAACCCAGACGCGAGCCAAGGGAGAGGUUAACUAAUUAAUUUAAUAAUUCUGCAGCUUAUUCUAUUCAACAUUUCUGUAAAUAACCAGAAUGAGAAAACAUCAACAUGUCCUCAACAAAUCCUUUGAUUUCCGUCUUGGAUUUUUGUGUUGUUGCCGGUGAGUCCAUGUAGUGCCACUCUCCGUGUAAUUUGCUUGCAAACUGGCGGAUGAUCAAGUAUUACGGCCCACUGAAUAUACAUAGAUAAACCAGUCUAC